AUGCCGGAAGGGAUCACCCGCCUCGACGGCGUCGCGGCCAUCAUCAUCAACAAAGACGGCAAGGUGCUAGUCGGAAAGCGAAAGGGCAGCCACGGUGCCGGAUCGUGGGCCCUCCCAGGCGGCCACGUAGAUCCGGGAGAGUCGUAUUACCAGACGGCGGAGCGCGAGGUGCUAGAGGAGACGGGCCUCGAGGUCACGGCCGUGCGUCAGGUCGCCCGCACAGAGGAUGACUUUGUCGACAGGGGAAAGUACUACAACACGUACUUUAUCCUCUGCGAGACCAAGGACAAGGACAGGGUCCCAUUGGCAAAGACCAUGGAGCCCAACAAGUGUGAGGGGUGGGUAUGGAUGUCGUGGUCCGAUCUCCAGAUUCUCAAGGGCGCAUCGGAACCCGACGAGAAGGUCUUCCGUCCGCUGCACAAGCUGCUGGCAUCGUCUCCGGAUUUGGAGGGACUGAAACGCGGGAGAUGA